GGGAGGAGCCGGCCGCACUUGCUCCUGGCGGCAGCGCAGGUAAUGCCUCGUUGCAUGGCCAACAGUUCGGGACUGGCUGCGCGUGCCGGGAGAUGAAAGCGGAAGAGGAGCCGGUGGCUGCCCCGCUGCCCAGGCUGCUCUCCGCCCUCUUCUAUGGAGCCUGUUCAUUCUUGAUCGUCCUGGUGAACAAGACGGUGCUGACUGCUUACAGAUUCCCAUCUCCAUUGUUUCUGGGAGUUGGACAGAUGAUGACUACUAUUCUGAUCUUGUAUGUGUCAAAAUUAAAUAAAAUAAUUCACUUCCCUGAUUUUGACAAAAAUAUACCUAAGAAGCUGUUUCCACUUCCUCUGAUUUAUGUGGGAAAUCACAUAAGUGGAUUGUCAAGCACAAGCAAGCUAAGCCUGCCAAUGUUUACAGUCCUUAGGAAGUUUACCAUUCCACUUACAUUACUGCUGGAAGUCAUUAUACUUGGGAAGCGCUAUUCAUUGAGCAUUGUGCUCAGCGUAUUUGCAAUCAUCCUUGGGGCUUUUAUAGCAGCUGGAUCUGACCUGGCUUUCAGUUUGGAAGGCUACACUUCUGUGUUACUGAAUGAUAUGUUCACAGCUGUAAAUGGAGUUUAUACGAAGCAAAAAAUUGAUCCCAAGGAGCUGGGAAAAUAUGGAGUCAUAUUUUAUAAUGCCUGUUUUAUGGUAAUUCCUACAGUUCUCAUAAGUUUUUUCACUGGAGACUUCCAGCAGGUCACUGAUUUCAGUCAGUGGACCAACAUUUUAUUCAUUGGUCAAUUUCUGCUUUCCUGUAUAUUGGGGUUUCUUCUGAUGUAUUCUACGGUUCUCUGUAGCCACUACAAUUCUGCCCUUACAACCACAGUGGUUGGUGCUAUCAAGAAUGUGUCCAUCGCUUACAUAGGAAUGCUGGUUGGUGGAGACUACAUCUUUUCUGUGUUGAAUUUCAUAGGGCUCAAUAUCUGCUUGGCAGGGGGACUGAGAUACUCAUUUCUAACAAUAUGGGGACAGGACAGCCGUAAGCAUGCAACAGAUGAAGAAAAUCUGAUAUCCAGUACCAAGAGUUAGCAGAAGAAAGUGGUGUGAAAAAGGAUGCCAGUUCUGGUGGAAAUCAGGCAAGCACACGCAGGAAUGCAACAAGAAUACCUCACUGCACAUUGUGGCCCAGGGCAUCCUAGGCUAAACAAUGUUUUGGGACAGAAUGUUACAUCUGAAAAUCAGUAGAUAACAGAUGAGCCUGAUUCUUAUGUAUCAGAAUGCAAUAGUACAAUAUUUUUGCACUCUCCUUGAGACAGUUAGCCGGUUAAAUGAUACCUGUACAUAAAAUUUGCAUUUAGCUAAUUCCAGAUUUUUGUAUUUUACACUGUCAUAUCAUUUACUUUGUCAGAAUACUCCUAUUCAAAUACAGUAGGUUUGCCUUUAGGCUGUCUCACUGGUGACCGUGGAAUCUGGAAUAAAAUGCGAUCUUAAACUUUAAAAAAGGAUUAGGGGUGUGCAGACAGAAUUAGCAAGUUGCUGCUUUUUACAUAAGCAAUCACACUCUAUGGCCUGCUUCUAUGUCUCUAUUAGAGCUUAACAUGUUGUUUGACUUGCAGGCAGCCAGCUGAUGCAUGGUCUUGUCUCAUGGCCUUAUGGCUCCAUCCACCUCUUAUGUGCUGCUCAAAGUGCAGAGAGUACGUAUGCGGAAGCAUUUUCUCCUGUGUCAGCCCCAGCUCUACUACAUUGUCUUAAAAUGCACAGCCAGUAUGAUCCCAGGAAUGUCUCCACCAGCCAUGUGUGUGCACUGCCUGGUGUACAAAACUAAGCAUUGAAUGCUCUAAAAGCACAUCGUAUACUGGAAAUGUGUUGUGCCUUAGGUGCCUUGAAUCAGGCUUGCACUCACUGUACGGAAUAAGGGCUUCUUCUCUUAUCAGGGCAGUUGUGUUUCCUUAACUCUCCUUGUGAAGCGACUGCUGUCUGUGGUAUCAAAGCCCGCUUCCAGUCAUCUUUUCUGAGCUGUCACAGUCAGAAUGUUCAGACUUCCACCUUGGGUUUAGUUGAGAGAAAACAAUGAAUAGUCAAGAGAGCAUAAAAAGUUAUGGAAGAAAGAGUGCUGUGCAAUGGCCCUAAAACCCAUCUCCAAGCACUUUCCCUUUUAAUUCCACACUGUCUGUGUUGGUGGUGAUGAUUCGGAUGCAGAAGUCCAGAACAUUCCUGACAGGUGCUGUGAAAUAAUGCAGGCACAAAAGGAUGCCCUGCAGUAUACAAGAAGGAAAUGAGUACCGAAAACUCACUGGUUUAAUAUGAUUUUACUUAAACUCUGUAUUCUGGUUAAGAUUCAUUAACAUGAGACAGAGCUAAGGUGAGCUACAUUCUUCGUGACUCUUCUAGCACAGAGGUACUAUCUGGAAUUUAGCAUGUUCACAGUUGCUGUCAAGGUUGCAAAUAGCUCGGUGUUGCCUUGCUUCUGGAAGAUGCUUUUGGACAUUUACCAUCUGCGUGGCAGUAGCUUCUCUUUCACCCACUUUGUAAUUUGGACAUUCACAUCCCACAUAGAACAGCAGGAUUUGAGUCCAGUGGCACCUUAGAAACCAAUAAGAUUUUCAGGGUGUAAGCUUUUUCAGAAGGAAGCUCUGACUCUCGAAAGCUUACACUCUGAAAAUCUUGUUGGUCUCUAAGGCGCCACUGGACUCAAAUCCUCCUGAUGCACUUAAAAGUGUUUCCUCAGUUCAUCAGAACUCUCAUCGGAGGUUUUUUCUGAGCAGGAACAUCAGAGGCUACACAACGGGGGGUGGGGAUCUUUCCAGCUCACGUGGUCCCCUGGAUUUCUGGAACUGGGCCAAGCUAUCUUGCUUUUAGGGGUUUGUCUGUUUGCCUAGAUGGAUGAAGGCCAUUAAUGCUUGUUCUUGGAAAUGGUGAUUGCCUCAGUCCUGUGUCUCAUCCUGCAUUUCUCCAGUAAUGUAAAGACACAUGAUACAACAUGGCAUUGACCAGCUUUUCCCCAUUUUUAGCACUGAUUCAUUGGCUGCUGCUUGUGGAGGUGAGAGUACAGCACAUGUCUUAUUGAAGAGACAUGGGAGGAGAUACGGGGAGGGCAAUGGCCCUGCAUUUCCUAUACCAUGUAAUUCAGCUAAAAUAAAACGGAACAAAAAUCAUAGUGAUGUAGAGAAAUGUUCUAAUGAUGCAUGUAAAGCAUUAGCUGCACUUUAAUUUGGGGGAAAGGAAAAGGCCAGAAAAAGUGCCUUGUUUCUAACAAACAGAGACAUGAUUUGUGAUAGCAAUUAAUAGCUCCAGUCUUUUUGCAAGGUCUUGAUUUUUUAAAAAAGAAAACCUUUUCUUAUGGGCUCUUUUGAAUGAUUUGCUUCUUUUGUUUGAGGAGACUCCCAUACACAGACUACCACCAAGACUUUCUGUCCACAGUGCACCCAUUGAGUUAUGUUUCUGUAUCAGCAGAUACUGUGUCUGCUAGGUCAGGUUUUGACAUGGCAGUAGUUAUUUUGUAGCUAAGCCCAUAACUAAGUAAGUAAUUGUUUUGUUUUGCUGCUGUUUAGAAAAAAAUGCUAGUCAAAGUCUGGGUGUAAUACAAAAGCUUCCUGUAAAGUAUAACAUUCUGUGCAAUAUUUAAUACUUUUCAACAUUUUAUAUCCACCAGGGUAUAUAUUCUUUCCUUGAUGAAGGAAGAUUGCAUGUUAUAUCUACACCAUCCUCUUCUGGAUGAAAUUCAAUGGUAGUAAAUGAUAAAACACUUUCCAGUUGUUAUGAACCUAAAACAUAUAUAUAAUAAAAACUGAGCAAAGGCCCUGUAAGAGAUUAUAAUUAUAAUAAUAACAACAUUCGAUUUAUAUACCGCCCUUCAGGACAAUUUAAUGCCCACUCAGAGCAGUUUACAAAGUAUGUCAUUAUUAUCCCCACAACAAAACACCCUGUGAGGUGGGUGGGGCUGAGAGAGCUCCAGAGAACUGUGACUAGCCCAAGGGCACCCAGCUGGCUUCAAGUGGAGGCAUGGGGAAUCAAACCCGGGUCUCCAGAUUAGAGUCCCGUGCUCUUAACCACUACACCAAACUGGCUCUCUGUAGAUGUAGGUGCAUUCUUAAGCACUGUUACACCCUUCUAAGCCUGUCAACCUUAAUGGACUUAAAAGGGCAUAACACUGUUUAGGAUUCCACUGUUAUUCAAGAUUGCUAUUCAGUGAGUGAAAUAAUUCCAAAUACUACAUGUGGAAAUUGUGUUCAGUGUACACCAAUUUCUUCAAAUACUUACCUUUCCUUGCAUAUGUGUCUAGGCUUUCCAUUUCUGGAUCUCAUAAAGUAGCUCCGUAUGACUUCAGUGAGGAGUUGAUUAGCACAUUUGGAGACACCUUGGAAAUGUUUUUCUUAUUGUUUCACUCAAUCUUGCAAAAUUAUAAAUGUGAAUUUCUGAACAAUGGUAAUUCAACAAAGACAGUGGAAUCAUUUGCAUAAUAUAAAGGACAACAAGUCUUCAGUAGUUUGGUAAAUGCCAACCUGCAAGCAAAAUUAAAGAUCCCUGGAUAAUGAA